AGUUGUUGAAGGAGUUGGAAUGCAAGCUUUUUCAGACCCGUGCACCCUUGGUAAGUAUGGAGAUCCGAUGAGGUUCAAGGUAGUGUAUAAUGCUGACAGUAUAUUUAUAGCACCAUCACUUAAUGAGCUGCGACUUCGAAGUGAUGACAUACGGUCAGUUACAGCUGAUCCGGAAGGGUACAUUGAUGAGCGGGAUGCCAUACGAGAGGUCUUGUUUAUGAUACAAGGCUAUCCUGGAGUUUUGUUUCAAAUGGUUGAACCACAUAGCGCAAGUCUUGAGGAAGACGAUGCGCCAACCUUGCAGACAAAAGAUAGCUUGACGUUUAAGGUCAAAACUGAAGUUGCUAUUCCGCACAUGAGUAUACUAACUCUCAAUAACCUGUUAACAAGAUUCUGUGAAUACGGCAAUUCCAUCAACAGACUCCGUUACCUUAACACAACUGUCUGCCUUUCGCCUCCUACUCGUUUCGGUCAAACCUGUCAAGCGUUCGCUUCACAUUUAGAUCGUCUACUGACCGAUCUGCAACAUAAAUUAUCCGACCUGCAGAUAGAGUAUUCCAAUCGAGAUACGAGUGAGGAAGGACCAUCGCUUCUAAAGCUGUAUCAGACAAUGGAAGACGACUUGGAAUUUUACCACAGCCUCAACGCCAUACAGAGCGGAAUACCUGGCUUAGGCGACGCACUUUACUAUCAUCCAAACCAGCAAGACGAACUUCCAGCGAUCGAGUCUAUCACCAUUACAGUGUCGUUGCUCAACAGUCUGUUUCAUCAUCUCGAUAUCGCACAGUCGUCAAAUCACCCCUCCUUCAACAAGCUCAAAGUAGUGUUUCUUUCUACCAUAGUACCAUACGGUAUCCUGAUGGACGAUUGGAUAUUUGAAGGCUCAUUGGCAGGGGAUGUCGCAUCCGAGUUCUUCGUCCAGCGAAAUACUCAAAUCAAUGCCAAUUCAUCUAGAUACUGGAGACAUGGAUUCCAAAUACGUAUUACGGAAAACGCAUCUCCAUACCCAGACUGCUUGCAUGCCUUCGUUCCGAGGCUGAUAUUUGCCGGCAAAGCGGUCAACUUUAUGAUCAGAAUGGAUAUUUCAGAGACUGAAUUUGCUGUUGAUUCUCAUAUUGACGGAUUCAGCACACAACUGCGCAAAGCAGAACAGAAGAACGAGAGCAAAAAAGAGGAAAGGGCAGCAAGACUUAAAAUGUCACCGAGUGACAAAUUGCUGGAAUCGCAUAUACCGUCUACAGCCACUAGCCGCUUAAAGCAAAAUUCAUACAGUGCUGCUGCCAAGGAUUCGGCAAACGUGUCAAAGGAUGUACAGAUGCAAGACUUGUUUCGACAUUCCUUUGCCGUCACCUUGGAAGAAUAUGUUGAGCCUCAGUACCAGCGUUUGGCGACAUUGUUGAUGCAAUCGCUGAACAAAGAAGCUCACUUGAGAAGACACCUUCAAUCUCUUGCAAACGUUUUUCUGAUGAUUGAAGGAGAUGUAAUGAACCGAUUUGCGGAAUCUGUCUUCAUCCAGAUGGACGAAGGGAAGCCUUGGUAUGAUGACCGUACCAUUAACGCCUUGUUCUUGGAAGCGUGUCGAGAUGACAAGCAUAUUUUGGCAGAAAAUGUACACAUCGAAGUCAAUUUGAACCGGAUAGGCGUGCGACUAUCCACGCUAGCUACCGCAUCACAGACAUUACCAUUGAACUCUUUGACUAUUAUAGAGUCCAUCAUUAUACAUUACCAGCUCCCUAGUCCGGUGAAUAACUUUUUGCGAAGAUCGACCCUACAGGAGUACCGAAAAAUCAGUACCUUCGUACUUCAAAUCAAACGAGCCAAACGACUGAUGGAAAACCUCUCUGUAUUCAAAGGCAGAUUUCAAAACGCCAGAGAGGGCAUCAGUGAGAGCAUGGCCAAAUUUUACUCUGUCAGGUUACGUCUUAUCUGGUUUGUCAACAAUAUCCACAGCUAUAUUCUCACUACAAUCCUUCACUCGGAAACCGUUCAAUUCCAGCGAAAAUUAUCGACGCUAGUGAAUGUAGACGACAUUGUAUUACAACACGACGACUAUGUUAGAAAAAUAGUAGAUCGAUGUCUGUUGAAUGAAAAGACACAGUCAAUCCGAUCUGCUGUCAUACACGUCUUGGAUAUGACCAUACUGCUCUCUAGGUUGUUCAAGAAAUUUGUUCAAGACCCAGCAUCGCGCAACUUUGAUAAUGCUAGUUUGUUAUUGACGAUACCCCCGCGACUGGAUUCAGACGAGGAAGGCGACACAACCUCCAAUGGCAGCGAUGCUUUCGGUGAUGAAGCAGCGGUAGAAAAGGAAUAUUUGAAAUCAUUUGAAAAGGGUCUCAAUAUGAUCGACGAAGAGUACUCUCAGGCAAUGAGAUUUCUCACGACAAGUUUAGAGGUGAUGGCGAAAAGCAGCGGCGUUUCAUGGUUCGAAGUCCUCGCACAGUCUCUAAAUGUCUAAUAGGUUUAAAGCAUAGACCGAACAAACGACGUAGCGAUGCGCACUCCAUAUGGCACAUAGCGUUCCUUUCUUUGGAAAGUUUCGUCAGUGACCGGUUCACAAUAUUUUCUUAAAAGUUCCAGUUCCUGAUGAAUGGCCUUGCGUAAACCAGCAUUUUCC